UCCUUCCCCCUGUCGCUCAGAUCACCCGGGGACGGAGCGGCACGGACUUUCUGCCCGCAUGUCUCCAACAACACCGCCCAGACAACUCCUUUACCCGCUUCCGAAUGCAGCUUUACAUCCUGCAGAUUAACAGGCAUGCCAAAGGAAAAAUAUGAUCCUCCGGAUCCGCGCAGACUCUACACCAUCAUGUCAGCGGAGGAGGCGGCCAAUGGGAAGAAGUCACACUGGGCCGAGUUAGAGAUAACUGGGCGGGUCAGAAACCUGAGCAGCUCACUAUGGACGCUCACCCAUUUGACCGCUCUGCACAUCAACAACAACAACCUUAGCCGGCUUCCCCCCGAAAUCGCCAAGCUUCCUCACCUGGUCUACCUGAAUCUGUCCUCCAACAAACUGCGCAGCCUGCCAGCAGAACUCGGCAACAUGGUGUCUCUCAGGGAAUUACUUUUGAACAACAACUGUUUACGGGUUUUACCUUAUGAACUCGGGCGGCUGUUCCAGCUACAAACUCUUGGUCUCAAAGGUAAUCCACUGUCGCAAGAUAUUCUCAACCUGUACCAGGAGCCUGAUGGAACGAGAAAGCUCUUGAACUACAUGCUUGACAAUCUUGCAGUCCACCCAGAGCAACUCCCUCAAAGACCCUGGAUUACGCUGAAGGAGCGAGACCAAACCAUGCCCACAGCCGUAUUUACAGUCAUGUGCUACAAUGUGCUUUGCGACAAGUACGCUACAAGGCAGCUAUACGGCUACUGUCCUUCCUGGGCUCUGAAUUGGGAGUACAGGAAGAAGGGCAUUAUGGAGGAGAUCACCCACUGUGAUGCUGACAUCAUCAGUCUGCAGGAGGUCGAGACAGAGCAGUACUACACUUUCUUUCUGGAAACUCUAAAAGAGCGUGGAUACGACGGGUUUUUCUGUCCAAAGUCUCGUGCCAAACUCGUCUCUGAGCAGGAGAGGAAGCACGUGGAUGGCUGCGCCGUGUUCUUCAAAACUGAAAAAUUUGCACUUGUUCAGAAACACACGGUGGAGUUCAAUCAGGUGGCCAUGGCGAACUCCGAGGGCUCAGAGGUCAUGCUGAACCGGGUCAUGACCAAAGACAACAUCGGAGUAGCCGUUCUGCUGGAGGUGAAAAAGGAGAUGUUUGCUGGAGGUAUAAAAUCACCUACAGAGAAGCAGCUCCUGCUGGUGGCGAAUGCUCACAUGCACUGGGACCCGGAAUACUCUGACGUGAAGCUCAUACAGACGAUGAUGUUCCUGUCCGAGCUCAAGAGCAUCACUGAGAGGGCCUUGGCUUCACCCGACUCCACCAAGUCCACUUCUGAAUCGGACUCCAUCCCUAUUGUCUUGUGUGCUGACCUCAACUCUCUCCCAGACUCGGGUGUUGUGGAGUACCUGAGUAAUGGUGGAGUGGCAGAGAAUCACAAAGACUUCAAAGAGCUACGCUACAGUGAGUGUCUCACCAACUUCAGCUGCAACGGAAAGAACGGGAAGCCAGACGGGAGCAUCACACACAGCUUCCAACUGAAGAGCGCUUAUGAGAGUAAUCUCAUGCCUUACACCAACUACACAUAUGACUUCAAGGGCGUAAUUGAUUACAUCUUCUUCUCUAAGACUCAUAUGAGUGUGCUGGGGCUGCUCGGCCCGCUGGAGACGCAGUGGCUUGUGGACAACAGCAUUACAGGCUGCCCCCACCCACACAUCCCCUCUGACCACUUCUCCCUCCUCACCCAGCUGGAGUACCACACACCCUUACCCUCCCUCAAUGGGCUGCACCUAUCCAUCCACAGGUAGUGCAAAGUCCUCCCCACCCCCCAGUUAUGGACGAAACAAAGAGUUCCUUACAAACUUAACCCCAACCCACCCCCCUCUACUCCCACUAUUCCCACAUCCACACACUAGGAGUGAAAUAUUCUCAUAUUUUACUCAUUUUUUAACCUUUGCACAGGAUUGUAUUAGUACUUUUUCCAACUUCAAUGAAAAGCUUGAUACCAAAUUAGGGUUGGGAUUCUAAGGCUGAAAAAAAAUGACUGACCCCGAAUGUAGCUCUUGAGUGGAUAUCUAUGGCUGAAUGUUAAUUAAGACGAUAUGCCUUGCGAUUACACAGUUGUUUGUUUUGUGUGUGUUUGUUAAUGGCAUACAGUACAUACAGUAGGUGUAUGGGGACGGAGGUGUUGUCACGUAGCAUAUAACAUCAGCCAACAACAAAGUGUUAAAUCCCCCUUUUCUAUUUUUGUCAUUAGAACAUGUUUUAUAUGAGUUUUAUCAGAUGAAACUUCUUCACAGAAGAAGAAACCCCGUUUGUAAAUGUAUGGAUUUAUGCAGAACAAUCGCACUACACAUGAUAUUGUUGUAUAUUAUGUGAUUGUAGCAUUUGGUACUUUCUAAAGGCAAGUUCCCCAUCCGUCUUCUGUCUGAAUUGUGGGGGACUUGUGCUCUGGAACUUUUUAAAUUGAGAAAUGAUGGUUGGCACGUGCCUGAAAUGGGACAAAGCAAUCACCGAUUUGGAAAUCCUUAAAUGUGCAAUGUCUGAUUAUUAUGCAAAAAUGGUCUUUUGUGAAGUCCUAAAUGGAUGCAAUUAAAGAGGAUCCCGGCUCUACUGACUAAAAACCUGAAA